CGAUCACAAACCGAAAGUGUUUUAAAGACUUCUGGAGACUUUCCCUACAGAUCAACAUCUUCACAACUACUCCGAUGUCUUUGUCCGUUAGAGAUUUUCUUGUUUCGUCGUCCACGUACUCACGCGUCCCAAGCAGGCACACAGAUGCAUCUGACUGACAGGGUCAUGUUCAGGACAUGAGGAACAUCUGAUGAUCUUCAGAGACACAAAGAUCUCAGAGAAGAGAAGAAAGAGAUGAGUCUCCCACAGAAACAGAGUGUAAGCUCCGGCUAUGUGUCCGGCUCUGUGUCUGUGAGGAGCGACUGGUCAAAAGAUGAACCACCAAAGUUUAGUGAGAAGACACCACUAGCUGCUGAAAGUGUUAGCUCAGGCUCUUAUUUGUCCAGCUCUGUGAAGAGCAACUGGUCAAAAGAUGAACCACUAAAGUUUAGUGAGGAAACACCAUCAGCUACUCAAUACAGUCUCCACUAUGAGACAUUUGCUUCAGACAACCUCCUAGGGAUCUUCCAGGAUCUUGAGAAGAAAAUAAUCACAUUUCUAAAAAAUGAGCUGGAAAUGUUUAAGAAAAUAUUACGAAAAGAGAACAAGCAACACAUUGUGGAGGAUUUUAAUGAGAACAGAUGCAGUAACAGAGAAGCAGCUCUUGAUCUCACGCUCUACUUCCUGAGAGAGAUGAAGCAAGAUAGAGCUGCUGAUACUCUAGAAGAUGAGCUGAUCUUCAUUCAUCAGCUAAAGUGUAGCCUAAAGAAGAAGUAUAAGUGUGUGUUUGAAGGAAUCACAAAGCAAGGCAACUCUACACUUCUGAAGAACAUCUACACAGAUCUCUAUAUCACUCAGGGUUGUAGUGAACAGGUCAAUACUGAACAUGAGGUCAGACAGAUUGAAGUUGCUUCCAGACGUCAUGAAUCACAAGACAUACAGGUUGAGUGCAAAAAUUUGUUUGAAGAAUCUGAACAAGACGAGCAGAUCAGAACUGUACUGACAAAAGGAGUCGCUGGCAUCGGAAAAUCAGUCACUGUGCAGAAGUUUCUUCUGGAUUGGGCCGAAGGAAAAGAAAAUCAAGAUAUCAGCUUCAUAUUUCCUCUUCCAUUCAGAGAGAUGAACUUAAAGGAGAAAGAAAAACUAAGUUUAAUGGACCUUAUUUCUCAGUUUUUCCCAGAGACGAAAAGACUGAAGCUUACGAGAAGAAAUCAGUUCAAAGUCCUGUUCAUUCUUGAUGGAUUGGAUGAAUGUCGACUUCCUCUAAACUUUAAGGAUAAUGAGAUAUUGUGUGAUGUUUCAUCAGCAGCCUCUCUGGAUGUUCUCCUAACAAACCUCAUCAAGGGAAAUCUGCUUCCUUCUGCUCUCAUCUGGAUCACCACCAGACCAGCAGCUGCCAGUAAGAUUCCUCCUGAAUGUAUCGAGCGGCUGACAGAGAUACGAGGAUUCAAUGAUGCACAAAAGGAGGAGUACUUCAGAAAAAGAUUCACGGAUCAAAAUCUGGCCAACGAAAUCAUCAAUCAUGUUAAACAAUCAAAGAGUCUCUUUAUCAUGUGCCACAUCCCAGUCUUCUGCUGGAUUUCAGCCACAGUUCUCCAGAACAUUUUAGAAAAGAAAAGAAAGAUUGUGAUGAAAAAGAAUCAGUCUGAAGAUGCCUCCAAAACACUACAGGAGUCAAAUACUGAAGACACUCCUAAAACUCUGACACAAAUGUACACACACUUUCUCAGAUUUCAGAUCCAGCAGAGCAGAAGAAAGUAUGAUGGAGGACACACGCCAGAUGUUUCCUGGGAUAAAGAUGCCAUCUUUUCACUCGGGAAACUGGCAUUUGAUCAGCUGGAAAGAAACAACGUGGUCUUCUAUGACACAGAUCUGGAAGCAUGUGGUAUUGAUGUCUAUAAGGCAUCAGUGUACUCAGGCAUGUGUACUCAGAUCUUUAAGGAGGAAACAGUGAUUGUCCUUGGUACCAUGUACUGCUUCGUUCACUUGAGCAUUCAAGAGUUUAUUGCAGCCCUUUAUGCUCAUCAGUUUCUAGAAAUCAACAAGAAAAGUGUGUUUGAUCAAGACUCAGAACAGGAAAACAAAAGUGAAAUUGAUUUGCUCAAGACUGCAGUGGACAAAGCUCUAGAGAGUGAUAAUGGACACCUGGAUCUUUUUCUUCGAUUCCUGCUUGGAUUGUCACUUCAGUCCAAUCAGAGACUCUUACAGGGUCUGUUGACGCAGAAAAAUAGAAAUGACCGGAGCAAAAAGGAAAUAGUUGAGUACAUCAAGCAGAAAUUUGAAGCUAAUCUGUCUCCAGAGAGAUCCAUCAAUCUGUUCUACUGUCUGAAUGAACUGAACGACCAAACUCUGGUGAAAGAGAUUCAGAACCACCUUAACAAAGGAAGUCUGUCAUCUGCUGACCUUUCACCUGCCCAGUGGUCUGCUUUGGUCUUUGUGUUGUUGACAUCAGAGGAGGAGUUGGAGGAGUUUGAGCUUCAGAAAUUCAAGAAAUCAGAUGAGUGUCUCAUUAGAUUAUCAGCAGUCAUCAAAACCUCCAAAAGAGCUCUGCUAAAUAAUUGUGGUUUGACAGACAAAAGCUGUUCAGCUCUGGCUUCACUUCUUGGAUCAGAUUUCAGUCUGAAAGAGCUGAACAUGAACAAUAAUAAUCUGCGGGAUUCAGGAGUGAAGCUGCUCUGCACUGGACUGAAGGAUAUCAAUUGUAAAUUAGAAAUACUGAGGUAA